GCAGCGUCAACAUGGAUAUGGAAGAGACCACUGAGGAGGGCUGGAGCGUGGCCCCUCCUAACACUAACACUAACACUAAAACUGGUAGCACUGCUGCCACGCACGGUCACUAUGGCAACAUGACGAUGACGUUCAAUACCCCCUCCACGCAUACUAAUGCUUUUGCGAAUAGCCAGAAUGCAGGUGCACAUACACAGGCCUUUGGGAGAGGGGCAUUGCAUUUUUCAGACAGUGACAUGAAGAUGGGUGAUAGCACGGACAUUGGUCGGGCAGAGCCUUCGUUCGGUGCUGCACAUACAGCUGCAACGCGCGACAAGCGGGGCAAUAUGACCAUGGCAUUCAAUAACAGUAGCAAAACCAAUACCAACAACAAUAUUACCCAUAACAAGAUCGCAUCUACCAACAGCAAUCUGCGUACAAGUGCUCCGGUGUCACAGCCACAGCCACAGACCCAAUUGGUUGGGUUAGCCAUCCCCAACAAUAGCAAUAGCUUGCACACAAAUGUGAAUACUGUAGGGGCUUGGGAAGCGUCUUCCUUUGACAAUGGCAGUACGGCUGCAACACGCGAUCGGCGAGGUAACAUGACGAUGACAUUCAACAACAAACCCACUACUAUACAAGGUGCGCAGGCAAGCAGAGACACUGAUAGAGCUCACACAGCCACGGCAGCUGCAUUCAAUACCGACGGGUCUGAUCCUACCGACGGAUAUACGAGUGCACAUGCUAGAGAGGUUAGAGAUAGUACGGAGGAUGGCAGGCAGCAACCUACUUUUGGCAAAGCCGGCACAGCAGCAACGCGCGAUCGACGUGGUAACAUGACCAUGACGUUCAACAACAAUCCCGCACCUACUUCUACUGUCACUGGAGAGCCUGCAGGGGACACAGGCGGAGCUAUGGCUGACCCCGAAAAUGUACCACGCGCGUUUCAUACGGAUACCAGUACUGCUGGAAAGGGGGGACCACGGGCUUUCACCCAGGAUACGGGGAAUGUUGGUGAAGAAAAGAGGAAGGCGAGCGCAGACAGUAACCAUAGCAACACCGCAUUUGGGGGUCAGGCCCUUGGUGCAUCGCUACGUUCGAGAUUGGGCCCUGCACCUGCACCUGCACCUGCACCACAGGGACUGGGGGUGGGUACGGAUGUAUCGGCAGAGGGCGAGUCAAAGAAGGCUGGCACAUCCACUAUGGAGAAGCUCAUACAGAUGAACGAUGGCAAGCGACUGGAUGCAGACGACCUACGCAGCCAACGCUUCAAUGCGAGCGAUCAGACUGUGACGGAAUGGAAGAAGGUGCGGUGA